GAGCCUGGCAACCCUAGUCAUCAUCAUCAUUUACUUGUAUGCCGCCAUUCCAUAGCUAAGCCAUGGUCAAGGCAGCUUACAACACCAAAAAAAUUACACAAUUCUAACAGUUAACAAAAAUGAAACAAAAGGUAAAUAGUCAAACAAAAAUCAUAAGCUAAUGGAAACAUCUCAAUAGAACUCCAUGCAUAGAAGCAGUAUACCAGCCCUCAGAGGCAGAGAAGAAAUGUUUGUUUUGAUUUUACAGUCAACCAUUAAAACAUAAAUCUAAACGUUUUCAUCAGAAACGUAGGUUUUAAGUUUACAUGCAUUCGGUGGAUUAGUAAGUUAUAAGUCAGACAGUGAAGGAAGAAAGAUUUCUUCAGCUGAGGGACAGCCUCUGGUUAACCCAACUUCAGUGUAGUUUAGCGUAAGUGAGGCUGGAGGACAAGAUGGCAGAAAGCAGGGAGUCAUACAACAACAAUACAGGUGCUGCCUCCUAUAGAGUCAGACCUUUCGUCCAUCUAAGCUGAGUAUUGUCUACACUGACUGGCAGCACCUCUCUCCAGGAUGUCUAGUAGUGGAUCUUUCUCAGCCCAUUGUGGGACCUCCUUGCUCUGUCACCAAGCCGCGGCGUUCAAAGCUAAGAAGGGCUGCAGCUGAGGGCUUUACAUUGCUAAAAACAUAAAAACCAACCAAAAAGAAUUCUUUAAAUACAUUCAAAACAGGAGACCCUCUAGGGAGGCUGUUGGACCCUUGGACAACAAGGGAGUCAAAGGUGUGCCAAAGCAGGAUAAGGUGAUUGCAGAGAAUCUCAAUGAAUUCAUUGCAUCUGUCUUCACAGUGGAGGAUAUAGGGCAGAUUCCUUUGCCUGAACUAACUUUUGCAGGAAGGGAGUCUGAGGAACUGAGGCAUAUAGCGUGAUGAGAUAUGAAGUUCUAGGCUUAAUAGACAAAAUAAAAACCUUACAGAUCACCACAUCUGGAUGGCAUCUGCCUGAGAGUUCUCAAAGAACUCAAAUAAUGAAUAAUAAAAAAAUCUUCUAAUAAAAAUAUGUACCCUGUCCCUCAAAUCCGCCUCCAUAUCUGAGGACUGGAAAGUGGCCAAUGUAACGCCAAUCUUCAAAAAGGGGAUUGGAGGGAUCCCGGAAAUUAUAGGCUAGUUAGCUUAACAUCUGUUUUGGAAAAACUGAUAGAAAGUAUUGUUAAAGAUAAAAUAAUCAAGCAUAUAGAAGAGUAAGCCUUGCUGAAACAGAACGAGCAUGGCUUUUGCACCAGGAAGUCCUGUCUCACUAGCCUAUUAGAGUUCUUUGAGAGUGUCAACGACUUUCAAAAAGUUUUCAACAAGGUACCUCACCAACGACUCCUGAGAAAGCUUAGCAGUCAUGGAAUAAGAGGAGAGGUCCACUUGCGGAUCAGGAAUGGGUUGAGUAGCAGAAAGCAGAGAGUAGGAAUAAAUGGACAGUUCUCACAAUGGAGGGCUGUAGAAAGUGGAUUCCCCCAAGGAUGGGUACUGGGACCUGUGCUUUUCACUUGUUCAUAACUGAUCUAGAGUUGGCCAAAUUUACUGAUGAUACUGAAGUGUUCAGAGUUCUUGAAAGAAAAAGGGAUUGUGAAGAGCUCCAAAAGGUCUUCUCCAAACUGAGUGAAGGGCAGUAAAAUAGCAAAUGCAGCUCAAUGGAAACAAGUGUAAAAUUAUGCAUAUUGGAGCAAAAAAACUUCAUUUCACAUAACUGUAUACAAUCAUGGGGUCUGAACUGAUGGCGACCGACCAGGAACCAAACCUUGGAGUCGAGGUGGAGAUAGCUCAGUGAAGAUGUCGACCCGGUGUGCAGCAGCUGUGAAAAAGGCAAAUGCCAUGAAGGAUCAUUAGGAAAGGACUUGUAACCUCCAGUUGGGACAGACUUUGGCAGAAGAGGGAGGAGUCUCUUGGGCCCGGUUGGAGACUUCCUUGGAGCACAAAUCAAAGAUGAAGGAAAAAGAUUCAGCUGGCCCUGAAGCAGGAAGGGGCUCUCGGAUCGCCCAGGCGAGGAGCAGUGGAGGAUUCUGGGAAAGAACAGUGCGAAACAGUAGUGCAGGUGGCGAAGAUACCCUCGGGUCAGAAGUGCAGCGCCAGCGCUUCAGGCAUUUCCACUACCAGGAGGCCGAGGGACCCCGAGGGGUUUGCAGCCGACUCCACCGUCUCUGCCAUCAGUGGCUGAAGCCAAAGCGACACACGAAGAAUGAGAUGCUGGACCUGGUGAUCCUGGAGCAGUUCCUGGCUGUCCUUCCACUGGAGAUGGCGAGCUGGGUGAGGGAAUGUGGAGCGGAGACCAGUUCCCAGGCGGUGGCCCUGGCCGAAGGUUUCCUGCUGAGUCGAGCAGAGGACAAGAAGCGGGCAGAGCAGCAGGGAAAGCGUCUGUUUGCAGGAGUGAACCCGGACCUCCAUGAGGCAGACGGGACUCCAUUGGGCAUCAGACAGAGGCCACUGGGCGACAGAAUGAUGCCGGCAAGACCUCCUCAGGCAUCUCUUCUUUGUGGCAGAGGGGAAGCAGUUGCUGUGGCACCGGAUCAGGGAUCAGUGUCCUUUGAGGAGGUGGCUGUGUAUUUCACGAAAGACGAGUGGAUUCUGCUGGAUCCUGACCAGAGAGCGCUGCAUGCGGAAGUCAUGGAGGAGAAUUGUGGGAUCGUGGCCUCUCUCGAAGAGGACAAAUUGGAAACCAAGAAUAAGGGAGACCAUGGCCAUAUCCACAGAGUGGGGGAUCCGUAUAAAUAUUUGGAGUGUGGAGAGAGGUUCAGUCAGAGCUCCCACCAAAGAAUUCACAACAGGAAGAAACCAUAUCAAUGCUUGGAAUGUGGAAAGAGUUUCUCCUGGAAGGACGGUCUCACUUCCCAUCGGAGAAUUCAUACAGGGGAAAAACCGUAUCGGUGCACAGAAUGUGGAAAGGGCUAUAGCUGGAAGGACAGUCUCACUUCCCAUCAGAGGAUUCAUACAGAGGAGAAGCGACACCAAUGCUUGGAAUGUGGGAAGAGCUUUAGUCGGAGCGACCAUCUCACUUCCCAUCAAAGAACUCACAACAGGGAGAAACCAUAUCAGUGCUUGGAAUGUGGAAAGAGCUUCUGCUGGAAAGAUAGCCUAACUUCCCACCAAAUAAUGCAUACAGGAGAGAAACCAUAUCAAUGCCAGGAGUGUGGAAAGAGCUUCAUUCGGAGGUGCCAUCUCACUUCCCAUCAAAAAAUUCAUACAGGGGAGAAACCAUAUCAAUGCUUAGAAUGUGGAAAGAGCUUCAUCUGGAAGGACAGUCUCACUUACCAUCAAAGAAUUCAUACAGGGGAGAAACCGUAUCAAUGCUUAGAAUGCGGAAAGAGCUUCCGUCACAGCACCACCCUUACUACACAUCAGAGAAGCCACACAGGAGAGAAACCAUAUACAUGCUUGGAAUGUGGAAAGAGCUUUAGUCGGAGCGACCGUCUCACUUCCCAUCAAAGAAUUCACAGCGUGGAAAAACCGUACCAGUGCUUGGAAUGUGGAAUGACCUUCACUGAGAAGGAAAGUCUCAUUUCCCAUCAAAUUCUUCAUACAGGGAAGAAGCUAUAUCAAUGCUUGGAAUGUGGAAAGACCUUUCAUAGAAGUACACACUGUCACCGUCAUCAAAGAAUUCACAGUAGGGAGAAAUCAUAUUAAUGCUUGGCACGUGGGAAGAGUUUCAGCUUCAUGAAAAGUCUCACUUCACAGCAAGGAAUUCAUAGUAGAAAAACCUUAAAGGCAGUGGUGGCUGGUGGUUUCUUGACAUGGCAUGGCUGCUAGAAGGAGCAGUGGCCAAUGAGGUCAUACAGACACAGCCGGCCCCAGGUUUCUGGGGGCCCUGUGGCACAGACUGUUAGUGGGGCCUUUAACUCAUACUUUCCUCUUCAAACUACACUCCUCCCUCUUGGCCUCACUCCUUUCAACUAAAACACAUUUUGAUCAAUACGGCAACUCCCUACUGUCAAAGAAAAAUGCAAAUGUUAGUACUUCAUUAGUUGCCUUUGUAAUUUUUUUGUCAACAGUAUACCUUAGAGGUAACUUAAUCCUGUACAUACUUACCAGGGAGUAAGUCUCAUUGAACUCAUUGGGGCUUACUUCUGGGUAGACACAUAACAGUAUGCACUAUUGAACUGUCAGAGAUACAACUUAAGAGACAAUCUUAAGUAAACAGAAAAUGCACAUACCACAAGUUAUCUAGUAGAAUAAAUGUUAUUUCUUCUCCUGCA